CUCAGUGUUUGUUCACUGUCUCUGAGGGCCGUAGAAGGACUGACAGCGAGGAAAGCCUCUCAGCAGCUGUGCCUGAGCCAUGAGUAACAACACUCAGACACCUACUUCUAGUCAGAACCAAACGAACAAGAAAAAGCAAGCAACAGCUUUUUGGGGAAUUUAGUUGGACCCAAGGAAGAAUUUAUGGGUUGCAGAAAUUCUGGAUAAAGUUCCUAGGAAACUUGAAUUAUCUUCACCUCCGGAAGGCUCUGCUAAGGGAGAACAUGUCCCACAGAACAUCUCAGUUCUGGGACUAGAUUGGGCUAGAAAAUAUUGAAGUACUUCGUGUGUAGUGAAGCCAUUUUGUGAAACGUGGCUCAUGUAUAUGAACCUGUAUGUACCUGUCACCUUGUAAAUGAUUUCUUACUGAGGAUCUUGGACAAAGGAAAAAAAAGAAAAGGUAACAGAGCCGCAGGAAUUCCCAGGAAUGGACAGUGUGAUUCCUGUCACUGAUCUUCCAGAAAUGCGUUUUGGAGAAGUGAGAGUGAGCUAGGAUGUGACAGCUUUUAGCUGCUCUCGCACACACCCGGCUUCCCUGUGGAAGAUCUUGCUCAAUCCAUCUCCCUGACACCACUCAGAAUUGCAACAGAGCCACUGACGUGCACUUAGCAAUGUCUUAGGCUGCAGGAGGAAUGGAGAGAAAUGAGGGAGAAGCUGGAAAGUCCCCCCAACACUUGUAUGGCUUCUGCUUCCCAGCCAGUCACUUACCGCACGGCUGCACGUCCAGGAUUCAGCUGGAAUGAAGUGGUUGAGUGAGAACUUCUGGAUCGCCUUAGCUGUGGCCAUCAUCGUUAUCUCUGUGAGCCUGGCCCUCAUCAUGUACUGUGUCUGUAGGUGGCAGUUUAGAAAAGGCAAGAAAUGUGAAAUUUCCAAUUCCUUGAAUCAAAACGAAGAUGAGGACAAGACAUAUGAGAAUGUUUUUAAUCAGUCACCUCCUCUGCCACCCAGGGACUUCCCUUCUCUAGAAGGUGCCUCUCCACAGGUGACCCCAAGUCAGCUGCCAAACAUAUACUCGUUGCCACAAAAAGGCAGAUAUGCCAAGAAAGUCUCCGUCCCAAACUAUGUUCAGCCUGAAGACGACUAUGACGAUAUUGAAAUACCUGCAACUCUUGGAAAGCAUGAUCUUAAAACCAGGAUUUCUUCUUUCUGACAAGCUGUGGAAAGUACAUACAGUUGAUUUUAAAACAAUCAAAUAUGAUGGAACUUCAAAUAGGUACCCAGGUCCUGAAAGCCAGCCCUAACUUUAUGAAGCUCUGAAAGAUAAGCACUUCCUGAACUUAGACGAAGAGGCCUUUACAAUCAGACGACGGAAGUCAGAGGAAAGACACUGAUGUUAAGCCCUGAGGACGGAAAGGAGUCAGUCCUGGUGCGUCCCUUGAGGAUGUUUCCAUGGGGGAGGACCGCUGGGUUCCUUGGCCCCAGAGCAUCCCCACCCAUCAGGAAACACUCGUUUCUUAGCAUCCUUUCCACUCUUAUUUCCUCAGUUUAUACGGCUCUGUUGUUGUUGUUAGCUGCUGUCCAGUCAGCCCUUGACUCAUGGCAACCCCGUGCACCACAGGAUAAGACCGUUGUGAUCUAUAGUGUCUUCAUAGGCUGAUUUUUUGGAAGUCGGUCACCAGGCCUUUCUUCCUAGUCUUCUUAGUCUGGAAGCCCUGCUGAAACCUGCUUAGCAUCACAGCAACGGGAAAGCCUCCACUGACAGAUGGGUGGUAGCCACACACGAGAUGCAUCGACUGGAGUCGAACCUGAAUCUCCUGCACAGAAAGCAAGAAUUCUGAUGCUCAACUACCACUGCCCCCUUGUAGGGUUCUAAAUGAUCUUAAAAAGCCCUCACUGAGCUCACCAAUCUUCCCUUCUCCUAUCCUCUCCAACCCAUGCAUCCAGGGGCCAUACGUGAUAAUUAGAGCUGAGGGCUCUUGUGUCCAGUUUCCACCUCAUAAACCUUGUGAGUUCUUCAAGGAGAGGGAAGUGCCUUUUGUGCUUUGAACUCUCCCCACCAACACACACCCCAAGCCCCAGAGCCUUUAUAUGACGAGGGCCAAACUGUCCACAGAGGUUGAAGGUUUUUUUUUCUCAUCUUGGCCUUUUUUCUGUGCUCGUAGUGCAAGUUACACUCUAACAAUCAACAAAGGACAGAAGUUACAUUCUGCCUUACAUACAGAGGGGUCAUUUUGCAAUAUGUGUAAGUCAGGUGCUACAGGAAAAGAAGGUUUCCCCAGGAAAAAUCAUGAGCAACAGGAAAGAAAGGAGCUAUUUAACAAAGGCAUGGUCAAGAUCGGAGCUCAGGGGGCUUCACAGUUCCCCUCCGUAUUUCAUUACAUUCUGACUCGACGGCGCUGGGUUUUUUACUGGGUUUCUCUCCCUUAUAUAGAGUUCUAUGCAAACAGCUUCAAGCCCCUUCCUCCCAGAUCACUGUCCCUGAGCACCUGGGAGGCAGAACUCCGGUGUAAUAUGCUGAAGCUAAUGAGAUGCUGGAAAAGUGGGCUGAUGCCCCCAUAAGUAAGUGCCCUAUGGGUCACCAAGGCCCCAGUCAGCUUUGCAGAAUUCUACCAGCACGAAUACCAUUGCUGUUAAGUCGACUCCAAUGCAUGGUGAACCCAUGUGCCUCAUAGUAGAAACUGUGCUCCCUAGAGUUUUCAAUGGCUGAUUUUUUUGCAAGUAAAUCGCCAGGCCUUUCUUCCAAGGUGCCUCUCGGUGGACUUGAAUCCCCAACUUCUUGGUUAACAGUCAAACGUGCAGUUUGCACCACGCAGGGACUCCUGCAGGAUCCUGGACCUCAUCAGUUCCUUGGAGUUCGUCUGCUAGAGCCUUAGUAUUUAAAUCAUUCUAACCAGACUCAUGAGAUGCUGAUUUCUAAGCAAUCCCUGGGAAAUUCAGCUCACCAACAGGCUUGCAGGGAGAGUAUAAUAAACCAUAAAAAGGCCUGCGAGCGAUCUUUGGACUGAGUUCCUUCCCAAGGGUACCACUGGCUUUUCUGGUUUUAUCAGGUAAUAAAAUAACCACUUCGGGUGUGGGUUACACAGAUGUAUGUGUUUGUCCAAACUCAAUGAAUAGACACUUAAGAGUUAUGUGUGUCAGCCUAUGUAAAUUUUAUCUCAAAAGGAAAAAAAACAGUUGUAAACAAAUGCUGAACUCUAGUUAAUGAUAUUCACCCUGAAGUAUUCAGGGGGGAGGGUUACUGAUGUCUGCAACUUUCCUUGGAGUGCAUCCAAAAACAAAAUGGACUGAUGGAUGGAGAAAUGGAUGCAGGAACAGAUAGGUGGUCAAGCAAGCAAAGUGAAAUGUUAAUGGUGGACACCAUGAUAAGCAUAAUUAGUGUCACUGAAUUGUACCCGUGAAGAUUGUUGAAAGGGCAAUUUUUCUGUUACAUAUGUAUUUACCACAAUUAAAAAAAGGUUAAUGAUAGACUCUAGAUGGUGGGUAUACAUGUGUUCUCUGUAAAAUUCUUUCAACUUUUGUGUAUGAGUGAAAAUGUUCGUAAUAAAAUGUGGGGGUAAAAAGUGUUCUGAUCACUUCUAGACUCUCCCCUCAUCCUACCCUAGUCACCACUGGCAGGAGUCCCGUGUUAAUCACUGAGACAACCAGUCGAAAACUUCAAAUUAAAGCGGCUCGUCCCCUCCCCCUAGCUCAGGGCAACUUGAAGAGAAAUUGGAGGAGCGUUUGGCCUCUUCUUCAGUUCUCACCUAGACCUUCCGUCCCUCCUCCCCCACUCCCUAGAGGAAGGAGAGGCGGCGGAAGGGGCAGAACAAUGCUAACGUCACUAAUACUACCUUGAGUUGGCAUCAGCCCUUCCUGGGCUUGACAGGUGUCUAAUGCUGACUCUCCUUGUGGAUGCCUUUGUGGGCUGUUGGGAAUCCCCCAUGUCUGGGGAAUUCUCAUCUUUAGUUCUCUUGCCACGAGGGAAACGCACAUCUAUGUCACCUUCCUUAGCCCCUGGGCGUCUGGCAGUCCCCCCUGUACUGUAGGGGUCACUUCACCUCUCCAUCCUCUUUGGCAGGAUCUAAAGCCACCUGGAACCUGUCUCUCUCAUGGGCCGUAUCUGUCCGUGGAAACACUCAGGCAUAAUUUGCCCCAGCCCCCUUUAGGCAUGCAGGCCACCCCUAAGAAGCCACUUCACAUUGCUCCACCUUCUGAGCAGCUGGCCCCCAGAGUCUCUUGCCCUUGAGAUUUCUCAGCUUCAAGUCAGACACACCAAGCCAUCUGAGUGGCCUCCUUGAAGGCCUUUGACUAGCCUUGAGAUGAAGGAAUACCUCAGGGUGCCGUUCUCUCCAGAGAAAUCCUUUCCAAUUUGCUAACUCCUUCUCAUCCUCUCCAACCUCUUUUGUAGGUGGUCAGCAAAGGGUUCCAAACUGGUUCUUGACCACCUCCUCUGCAAUCCUGCUUUGGUGGCCCCCACCCCACUGUGAGCUCAUCAGGAAGCUUAAUGUAAAUUAGAAAAAGGCGCCCCCUCCUUAAGUCACUUUACUGCCAGCUACCAGACUAUAGCUGUAAUAACCACAAAAACCACCAUGACUGCGAGUGACUGCCCACCUCGGUUCGAGCAAGCUCAACUGGCCCGUCAGUAGGUGGAGGAGCUAGUGGUCUCACAACUUACUUUGGAAUGUGGAAGUAGUUGGCUAUUACUGUUUUGGGGUGUCAGCCAAACCUGAGAUAGAAGGAGUCCUUUUUUAACAUCUUGCUGUACAUGUAUUUUCUCAUUUAAUCCUCAUAACAAUGCUAUGAGACGGGUGCCACUACUAUUCCCAUUUUACAGAUGAUGAAGCUGAGUCACAGAGAAUUUAAGGAACCUUCUUAAGGUCACAUGGAGCCCUGGUGGUGCAGUGGUUAAGCAUUCGGCUGCUAACCAAAAGGUUGGCAGUUUAAAUCCUCCAGCCUCUCCUUGGAAACCCUAUGGGGCAGUUCUACUCUGCCACUAUGAGUUGGAAUCAACUCAACAGCAAUGGCUUUGGGUGUUUGGGCAGUAAGGUCACACAGUUAAUGAAUGGAAGAGCCAGGAUUCAGGUUCAGGUAGUCUGGCUCCAGAACCUACUCUUUGAGGCCUGAGAUAAAAAUGGAACCUCUCUGUUAUCACGCCUAAGCACAGGCAAAUCUGGGUCUGCAGGACCCACUCAACCAUAAAGGCUCACCACCCAUCUGCUUACCCACUUCCUGGGAAGAAAAAGUGGAAGAGUAUCUGCAAAAGGGUCAAAGAGAGGGGGUGGACAUGGAACAAAAAACAAGACUAAAUGGGCACACCUGCCCUGGGGCAGGGACCAGAAGGCAGGAGGGAACAGGAAAGCUGGUAAUAGGGAACCCAGGGAUGGGAAGGGAGAGUGUUGACAUGUUGUGGUGCUGUUAACGAAUGUCAUAGAAUAAUGUGUGUACUGUUUGAUGAAAAACUAGUUUGUUCUGUAAACCUUCAUCUAAAGGUUUACAUAGGACAGAGUAGAACUGCCCCAUAGAGUUUCCAAGGAGCACCUGGCGGAUUCGAAGUGCUGACCCUUUGGUUCGCAGCCGUAGCACUUAACCACUACGUCACCAGGGUUUCCGUCAUCUAAAGUACAAUUAAAAAAAAAAAACAGAGGGGGGUGGAGCCUAUUCUCCGUUUUGAGACGAAUUGGUUUUGUUAACUGCCUGUCUAAUGGUGACCCCAUGCACAACAGAUCAAACACUGCCCACGCCUGCACCAUCCCUACGAUAGGUUGUAGAUCAGUGUUCCAUUGUGAUCCGUAUGGUUUUCAUUGGCUGAUUUUUGGAAGUAGAUUGCCAGGCCUUUCCCCCUAGUCCAUCUUAAUCUGGAAGCACUGCUGAAGCCUAUUCAGCAUCAUAGAAACAUGGAAGCCUCCACUGACAGAUGAGAAAUAACUCCAUCCAUAUUCAUAGUGAAUGUCUUAGAACUCAACUCAGUCAAGUUCCCUGGAGAGAAAGGGAGAGGUGUCCUACUCCGUGAGGGGAAGAGCGAUUUCUCUCAAUUGAGAGAAAGAGAAAAAUUCUCUCUGCUGAUGAAGGGGUGACCUUUUCCUGACCUUGCUCUUGGGAACUUCUCUCCAGAGCUGCCAAGGGGCAGUGGUAAGAGCGGGGUCCUGGGGUUGGGCCCAGCUCCACAUCCAUGGUGGAUGGUGUUUUUCACCUUCCCCAGGAUAUAUUUAGCUUCUUCCAGCAAGAGUCCCAGAUUUUCCUUUUCGAUCCACUUCUUUUUUCUACUCUCAGUCCAUGCAAUUUGGGUGGAGCCUCACCCUCAACUUGGUCAUUGAGCAUGUGAUCCAGACUGCCCAAUCAGAGCUUUCUAUCCCCUUGGCCACAGCGAUUGGUUGGUUGAUGAUUUGGAUACAAGGGUAGAUGUUCCUUCCCACCGGAUGUGAAGCGGACAUAUCCCACUAGGCAUAAAUUCUCAAGCUGGAGCCUGUCACAGAGGACACUGAGCUGAGAUGAGG